AGCCGCGACUAACUAGGAAGUUAAACAUAUCAAAUUGAACCUUUUAGAUGGAAAAAAAAGAACGUCAAGGUCAGAUAACAAAGUGUCGAGACAGAAGAGUCAAACAGUGUUACUUCCUAGCAGCUCAGUGGGAACCAUCGCCACCAUGGGCUUUCUUCUCUCCAAAUCCAUGGAUGCAAACUUGAAAAAACAGCAAGAGUUUAUGCUACACAACUCCAGGCUCCAGCUGGAGCGUCAGAUGAUGAUGCAGAACCAGAUGAGGGAGCGACAGAUGGCCAUGCAGAUUGCCUGGUCAAGGGAGUUCAUGAAGUACUUCGGCACAUUCUUCGUGGUGGCCUCCACCGGCCUAACCGUGGGUGCCUUAAAAAGAAAGAAACCAGCCAUGUUGGCCCCGAUCUUGCCACUCAGCUUCAUAUUAGCCUAUCAAAUGGACAACGCCUAUGGGACACUUAUUCACCGAAUUCGAGGGGAGGCCGAGGGUAUCAUGGUGUCUGAAAAUGACCGUCUGGGCGUGCCUCAUGGGAUGCCAACCUUCGAUAGCAUAGAGAAGGCCCGACGCGCUAAAAGCAACCUGGCCUCUUUCUUGGAGAGAUAACAAUGUCAUCUUCCCGAAAGAUGCUUCCACGGUAAAACCGUCCAUUUGCGCUUGUCAGACUGUUAUCUGCUUCUCGUGGUGGGGAAAAGAUUUUUAUUGCUCUCGGGUCAUGUGAUGUAUGGAAUGUGACUUUUUUGGAAGAGGCAGAAGAAUUCAAUGGCGAAAGAUUUGCACCAAAUACAACCCGUAUACGAAACUUGAUCCCAUAUUGACGAUGAAUCGGGUGAAGAGCAUCAAUUUCAAACCUGCUCAGUCUGGAUCAACUUCAUUAAAGGUGCCUUCGCUGCACAUUUUUUAUUCAUACUCAC